AUGCAUUGGAUUAGAGGAGAAACCCUCGGGAAGGGCGGUUUUGGGUUCGUCUCCAAGGCCACAACACACCACCAUCCUUCUGCCGGCGCCCAUCAUCAUCAUCAUCUGCCGUCUUUGAUCGCCGUGAAGUCCUCCACACUUUCAGAGUCGGCAUCACUGGUGAAGGAGAAACAACUGCUCGACAAGUUCCAGGGAUGCCCUUCCAUCCUCCCCUGCUUCGGAGACGACAUCACCUCUGAAAACGGCCAAAAACUCUACAACAUACUUCUCGAGUACGCCUCCGGUGGCUGCUUGGCCGACCGCAUCAUCCCCGCCAAAGGCCUCCCAGAGAAAGUUGUCGGCCGCUGUGCAAACUCCAUAUUGGCGGCCCUUGUUCACAUCCACAGGCUCGGUUAUGUUCAUUGCGACGUCAAGCCACACAACGUGCUGCUCGUCGGCGGCGGCAACAACAACUACGAGAACGCCAAGCUCGCUGAUUUCGGAAGCUGCAAGAGACGCAAUGAGCAGCAAACCGAUUUUGUGGGCACCGUCAUUUACGCGGCCCCAGAGUCAAUAGCCCGACAAGAGUACUUGCCCGAAUCGGAUGUGUGGGCCCUCGGCUGCUCGGUUCUUCACAUGCUCACGGGGAAGCCGCCUUGGGUUUUCGACAAAAGGGCAGAGGCAAAGGAUGUGCUGUUCAAGAUUGGGUGUAGUGAUCAGAUUCCGGUCAUCCCUCCCAGCAACAAGAUUUCAAAGGAGGCUAAAGACUUUCUCAACAAGUGUUUGGUGAAGGAUCCAUCGGCUAGAUGGAAAGCCGAGAUGCUUCUCAAUCACCCGUUUCUGGUCAAGAGUAGUAAUAGUAGUAGUAGUAGUAUUCCGGUCGAUGCACCCAGAAACUGUCGCGUGCCAUUGAAAUUAUCUCGUGGGAUUCACUCAUUGGUGCCGCAUUGUUUCCAUGUCCCAAAAGUGCAUGCCGCAUUUUGA